AACUUGCCCAACCAAGUCAACUAGCACUCCAGCAGGCUUUGAUUGAAUUUCAUAGUAGUGUCUGUUACUCACCUUAAAGGCAAUGGUUUCUGUUCAGUUCCUUCCACAACCCCUAUCACUAAACCCACAUUUAUUGUCCUCCAAAUUCGUUGAUCACUGUUUUUCCUUCGUGGGACAUGGCUACCGCUUCAAUCUUCAGGGUCCCAUCACCAAAUUGAGUGCUCUGAGAAAUUCUAACCAAUCUGGAUCAUAUUCGAAAACUGAAGAAGUGUCUCAUGUUCCACUUUUGUCUUGCUCUGAGGCCUAUGAAAGGCUUAAAGCAUUCAGAGAAAAGAUAAAGGGCAAGCAGCAAUUCCUUGCCAUGUAUUCUAGUAUUUUUGGUGGGAUAACAACAGACCCAGUUGCUAUGGUUAUUCCUAUGGAUGACCACAUGGUCCAUAGGGGCCAUGGGGUCUUUGAUACAGCAGCAAUAAUGGAUGGAUACCUAUAUGAGCUAGAUCAACACCUUGAUCGCUUUUUAAGGUCAGCAUCCAUGUCUAAAAUAGAUCCCCCAUUUGAUCGUGAGAGCAUACGGAGAAUACUCAUACAAACUGUAAGUGCUUCCAACUGUAGAAAAGGAUCACUAAGGUAUUGGCUGUCAGCAGGACCUGGUGAUUUUCAGCUAUCUCCCUCUGGCUGCCACCAGUCAGGUCUUUAUGCAAUUGUGAUACAGGAUCUGUCACCAACACCACUUAAUUCCAGGGGUGUUAAAGUUGUUACUUCAUCUAUCCCCAUUAAACACCCCCAGUUUGCAACCACUAAGAGUGUGAAUUACCUUCCAAAUGUGCUCUCAAAGAUGGAAGCUGAAGAAGCUGGUGCUUUUGCAGGCAUUUGGGUUGAUAGUGAAGGUUUUGUUGCUGAAGGGCCUAAUAUGAAUGUGGCUUUUGUCACUAAAGAGAAGGAACUUAUAAUGCCUCACUUUGACAAAAUUCUAAGUGGCUGCACAGCUAAGAGAGUUUUAACCCUUGCUGAGUGUUUGUUGAGGGAGGGUAAGCUUCAUGGGAUAAGCAUGAAAAAUUUGACCGUCGAGGAAGGGAAGAUAGCAGAUGAAAUGAUGCUUAUUGGCAGUGGAGUACUUGUUUGUCCUGUAGUGCAGUGGGAUGAGCAGGUUAUUGGAGAUGGCAAAGAAGGCCCUAUAGCACGGGCUCUCUUGAAUCUGCUUGUUGAGGACAUGAAAUCAGGGCCCCCUAGUGUUCGUAUACCUGUUCCUUAUUGAUCCAACUUUAUUCCCUUGUCUACAUUUUACGAUGAAGAUUCAUCAGUAGUUGUGAUCCUCAAAACCCCUACUCCAACAGGGAUGCCUAAUAACUUCAUUGCUCGUUGGUUUGUAAAGCUUGCAAUGAUGUAAUAAUCUGUGUUCGAGGGAGCUUAGCUUUCAAAUAUCUUUCUGUUGUCUCAUGUCUCAUGCACCGGUCUUUAGUUUAUGGAAGUUUAUUAAACACUUGAAUCUAUGUAUAAUGAUUCUGUUAGGUAAAAGCCAUUUGACAAAAUAAGAUCUAAUUAAGGGAAUGAAGAGGGGAAAAAAUAGCUUCAAAGAUCAUGACAGACAAAGUGUGCUAAACUCUACACUCUUGUAAGAUUUUCCAUCACUAAUCUCUGUAAGGUCUUGUGUUUAAAACCAAUGCCACCAUUGUAUCAACCAAAACGCUUUGGAUAAAUAUUGGCAUUUGA